ACCCCUGCAGCUCGUCUUGUGUUUGUGUGUGCCAGAUCAGCCAGACGACGACCGUUCAAUGAGGUUACUGUACUCUGCCUCAGCUGCUCGUCCACAAGUAUGAAGUCCUGUUUUCUGAUCGUCGUUUUCCUCUGCACUUUCAGACUUUCCAGUGGAGAAAGGACGCUGAAGUUUGUCACUGUUCUUUAUCGUCAUGGUGACAGAUCUCCAAUCAAGGCCUAUCCAACUGAUCCCUAUAAGGAGAGUGACUGGCCCCAGGGUUUUGGACAGCUCUCUCAGGAGGGAAUGAAGCAGCAUUUCGAACUGGGUCAGUUUUUAAAGAAACGGUACACCGGAUUCCUGAGUGAGGACUAUGACCGACAUGAGAUAUUCAUAAGAAGUACAGAUGUUGACCGCACUCUGAUGAGUGCAGAAGUGAACCUGGCUGGCAUGUUCCCACCUAAUGGUUCUGAGGUGUUUAAUCCAGAUAUGAAAUGGCAACCAAUACCUGUUCACACUGUCCCAGCGGAUGAAGAGAAGCUGCUUUCUUUCCCUCUGGAUGACUGUCCACGUUACACACAGUUAAUGAACGAGACUGAAAAAACAGACAUUUUUCUUAACAUGACUGAAACCUACAAGGCCUUCAUAGAGAUGGUGAAAAAUAAAACAGGACUGGAGAAAACCAACAUUGAGACUAUUUGGAGUGUGUGUGACACAUUGUUCUGUGAGUGCAGCAUUGAGGUUUUCUCCAUAGAGGAAUAUAUUUUAAACGAUAACUUAACCAUGAAAGACUUACUGUGA